AUGCCGACAUCCGUUAACGGCGUGAACUUCUUCAAUCCAACCGACGAAGACGACGAACACGUACAACAGUCGUCUACUGAUCAGGCAGCAGUAAUCGAUCCUCUAGAUUCACUUAAGAACUGCUCACUAAGUAAGUUGAAUCGAUUGGUUGAUUUUUUUCGCAGUCAUUAG